AUGGUGAAAGCAAGGAACAAUGGGCCGUUGUGCUGUAUUGAAAAGGAAUCCUAUGGAAUAAGUUUAACUGUACCGGGCUACGCCGGUAAUUGGAGAUACGAGGGUGAAUAAAUGAGGGGACGGGGUUAGAGUUUCCCCGAGUUCGCCGAGUUCGACGAGGAAUCCGGCUGGUCACGACGAAUCCGAAGGAAAUCCCCCGUCGAUCUUUGAUAAAGGUAAGAGGAUUGUUAAUCGUAUUCGGAUGGGUUAAGGGAGACCUUGUCGUCGCGAUCGCGAAUGUUGAGACGAACAACGUGUGUUUAGGAAACCAGAGUUUCGCUUCGACGAGCGAUAACGCACAAGCUGAAUAAUUACCAGCGUGAUAUUAUAGCGGGCUAACCGUGAGAGUUUCCGCAAGUUUUACUUCGAUACAGUUGAAUUAUAAAGGCAAGCGUUCGAGAAUCACGUUCGUCGUGGUUUCAAUCUGUAAUCAAUUCGAUCUUUUAACGUAAUUAACAUCAUAGGUGGCCAUGGUUUCGAUCACGUUGUUAUUGUAAUUACUCUUCGAAACUUUAAAUCGUUCUAUUAGAGUCGCAAAAUUCCUUUCAAAUUAGUUGCUCUGUCAUAUUCCUUUGUCACGAUUAAACGUCCUAUUAUUUGUUCUUAGAAUUGUUCUUGAAAUAACAUCUCUGUGUGAAUUUUUGUAUUUUGAACUUCAACAUUCCUGUUACAAUGUAGAGCAUAGCUGUAUAAAUGACAAUGGAAAAUUGUGAACAAUAUUGAACUUACAUAACUUCGUAAAGAAAACAGAUCAUGUGAUACGAUCCAUUUGCUCUCAUUUUAAAGUAUGAGUUUGUUUUUCUUCUGAUGACGACUACAUUAUGCGAGCAGGCUUUUCUCUUGAAAAUUGUACAAAUUCAAAUUCGUCUGGAAAUAUUAAAAAAAUUCUUUUACAACUAAGUUAUACUGCGAUUUUAAGAAUUGAAAUUCUUUCUUUACAACGAGUCUUCAGAAUUCGCUGUACGAUUUUUUUCUUUUUUUUUUUUUUACCACUUUAUUGAUGUCAGGGUUUCUUGAAUUCUUUUAACUUUGAUAAUCAACGUUCGAUAGAAUGUCGAAAAUGAAUCGUAUAAAAAAUUUUAGGGGGUCUUAGUUGUAAAGGACUUCAGUCUUCGACGAUGAAUCCAGUUACGAAGAAGAUUUUCUAGAACAAUUUUCCAGAAAAAAGUGUCCUCCUUUUCCUGAAUCGUUGCACGAUCUUCUUUCACGAAGUUAUGUCAGUUCAAAUUGUUCACUGUCAUUGACACAGUUAUGCUGAAUUCCUUGUAUAUCAUUCGUACGAGAUAUAAAAAGAAAAAUUCAUCACAAUUUUUAAUUACGUCGCGUAACGAGUGAAACUAACCGCCGCAAAUCAUCCAACCAGCAUUCUUUUUCCUCAAGGCUUGCGCCAAUGGUACAUCUACCAGUUCCGGCGCGAGGAUCUCGACACUGGAGGAGAGGAAAUAAGGACCGCGCUCAAGGACACGGAGAGGAAAUGGAAACGUAGAUACGGGCUCGCGGGAGUCAAAGGUGAGGGAACAGCGCGACUAACUGGCAGACAGAUUCCUGGUGGCUGCUGGAAUGUUGGCUAGCGUUUCUCAAACUUUCCAACACUGCAGACGCUUGAUACGUGACUUUCCUUGCAGUUCGGAGCCUCGCUAUCGUGCGCUUUCAAAUAAGCCUCGAGUAUUAUCGCCAGUGAGACACCUGCACGCGCCACGG